AUGCAAGAGGAAGUUGGCGUGCUGGAGCGCACUGGAAGUCUACGAAUAAGAAAUGGUGGACACGGUGGCGGAUACGGCACACCCUCAAAACCCAGAAAUGCGCUUGCAGCAACCCCUCCAGGCAAAAAGGAGAACGAGCACACGAGCAUUGUAGUGCACUCGGAGGCCAGUGCAGACCUGCUGAGAGCGGAGAAACCAGAGGAACGCGUCGUUCACGAAAUCGUGGGAUGCCUAAAGAUGCGCACCUCUAUGCUGGCGAUGGGUGCAUGCGAGCGUGUCAAGAAGAUUGCCCGGGGGUACCCUGUGGAGGUGGCGAAUUCCGCCAUCAUGGAUGAGCUGGUGGCCAUCUUGAAGGAUGGACCCGACACGGCGCUCGCGGGCUCAGUGAUGCAAGCGCUGUCCAUUAUGGCGCUCAAUCCGGAGGGCCGCCAGAAGGUCUGCUUGGCGGGGGCCACGACGCCGCUCAUAAAGUGCGCCGGGGGGAAGAUGGGGACGUGCAGCACUGCCGCGGGAUUUAUCCGGGCCGCGGACCUUGUCCGGGGCAACCUGGACCGAGCAGUGACAUUAAUCAUGAACUUGGCGGCGGAUCACACGAACCGGCGAAUGAUUCGCGAGGAGGGGGGUGUGGAAGCCCUUGUGGAGGUCCUGCGGGUGGCCCCAGUCAGCGAACCG